CACCUCCGUCCAUCACCAAGCUUGGCAAACUUAGUAAUCUCAAUAUUUUGGGUGGACUUUCCCGAGGAUUUAGGAUCUGCACAAUCUUUGAAAAGUUUGGAUGUUAGUGGAAGCAAUAUUUCUUGCUUACCCAAAAGUAUCAAAGAACUCUUACGGCUUAAGACCUUGGACAUUCAAUUACGUCGUAAUCUUAAUGAAUUGCAGCAAGAGCUACCCCCAAAUUUGGAGAAGCUAUGUGCAUUAUCAUUUAGCCUUGAAGAGCAUUAGAGAUCUAGUAAUUAAGUAUCUUAAGUUGCGGUUUCUCUCAAUAUCAUGGUGUGGUCAUGAAAAAUCCGAAUACAGAACUGUCUCACUACAACAUUUAAUUAGGACAUGCAUCCAGUGUGACUUCCAACAAAGGGAUUAUUUUCUCAUUUCUUUUCCCAAAGUUAGAAUUCCAGAGCUGUUCGAUUAUCAGUUUAUAAAUCAAAAAGAGAUCUCAAUUGAUCUGAACCCAUCUUGGUAUACUGAUAAAUUCAUGGGUUUUUCAAUAUGUGGCUGUCCUGAUGAAGAGGAUGUGGCAUUAGUAGCUACAUUGGUCUGCAAAUCUGACCCUGAAAGAAAACAUUCCUUGGAGUAUGACUUCCCCAAAUGUUGGCGCGAGUCUGCUAUGUGUUUCAUCUACAUACCAUUUGAAACAUUGUGGCACGCUUCUGACAAUAAAGAAGGGAAGAACCCAAAUGAUUAUUACAUCGUUUCGAGGUAUCGUCGAGGUGUACGGGAUGAACUAUGUUGGGAAUUCGCACAGUAUGAGAGUAAAAAUGCAAGAUGA